AUGCGCUCCCCGGCUGUAGCGCGCUCGGCUGUAGCGUCGGAGAGCCGGGCGGUGAGGGUGCUGACGAGGGCUGUGAGCGCUGCUUUAGCCAUCUGGUUUGGUGGACGGGAACAUGCGGUAGUGGGGAGAGGACAGGCGGGCGGUGAGGGUGCUGAAGAGGGCAGUGAGGGUGCUGACGAGGGCUGGCUGCUUCAGGAUUCGGUCGCCCGCCUGGGGCAGAGCGUGACUGGCCAGUCUGCCGCGUCAGCUGUUCCUGAUAAGAGGUGUUUUCUUCUGAGGGAAGCAGUCGAGGGACCCUACACCCCGGCUACUGCCGUCGAUGGUGGCUCUGAUUUCAAGAGAUGUUGUUCGUCUUUGUUCUUUCCCUCUGACUUGCAGGAGGAGCAGGAGAUUAUUGCAGCAGCGGCCAACCUGAGGGAAGCGGUUGAUGCCCUCAACACCCCGGCACCCAACGGCAGUGCCACCAACCCCUCCUCGCUUCGCUCGUUCGACGAUGCUGUUCAGUUUGACUCCAAAUCUCCUGAAGCCGUACCCGUACCUGCCAAAUACCGCAACUCCAACUGA